AUGUAUGGGUUUCGUGAUGGGGCAAGUUGUGCGAAUUGUGGGAAAGAGGUUCAGAAACAUUUUACCGCCAUUGGUUUCCUCCUUUUCAUCGCCACGUUUUGGUUUUUUUGUGUCGGUUUGUGGCUUUUGUUUUUGAUGCGCGAGGAUUUUUGUGUGUCUUGUCAAAGUGAUUGGUGGGCCUCUUACGCAAAAGAGAUACGCAAAAAUAAGUUAUUCGUCUACGAUCCAAGAAAAGCAAAAAUCGACUCAAAAUCAACUCAAAAGCGACUCAAAAUCGAGAGAAACGAUGAA